GCCUGCUGCAUUGUGGUGCUGUUGACCCCCUGUCAAAUGCAUUUUGGGUGCAAGUAAAUGACCGGUGUUGUGAAAGAUUUUCCUGAAAACCUGAAGCUCCAUCCGUCCCUCUAUAAAAUUCUGCGAGAAGCCUUGCCAAAAGCAACACAGACGCAACAAUGGAAACCCAACAACCUGCCAUAGUGAUUUCUUCCGAGGAGUCCGAGUCUCCGUCGCCUCCUGGUGGUGGAAUCUUUGACGAUGCGACUGAGCCGGGGAAGAGUAGGUCUGUUGCGGGUGAGCCCCAUCAGAGAGACGCGCACAGUCCAGCAGGCGGCGACGAUGAUAUGGACGUUGAAAAACAACAACAUCAACAAGAAGAUAAUGACGAUAAUGACAACACCGGUACUGAUGACAACACCGGUACUGAUGACAAAAACGUGCCUACGGAUAUUACCGUGCAGUCAGAAGCAGUGUCGUCCUUGACAAACGAGACACCCAUGGCGAUUUACAAUUACCAUCUACAGCUUCACGAUGAGCCUCGAUUGCAAGGAAUUAGCGAAGAACAAUCUAACGACCAAACAAUGGACGAGCCACCUUCCUCGAAUUCUGACGGAGGAACCUUUGAUGACGCCUCUGAGCCAUCUUUCUUCAAUUCGGUUACUGUGCGCUUGAACAGAAUGACAGCCAUUUUCUCGCCUGCUAGCGAGUGGUCCAUUCAGACCUUUUCAAGUCAGGCCUUUUCCUGGCGAAAAAUGCGCGCAGCCGCCAUGGUGUUGACCGUGAUCGUGGGAGCAAGCAUUGCGGCGUUGGUGUCUCGUCGUCGUCACCACAAUGGCCCAACGCCUCGCAAUCAACGUCUCCAAGAGGUAUUGCGCUGCGCCUCCAAGUUAUCUGGAAUGGCCGUUGUGGAUGAGACAUCAAGCCCGUUUCGAUGGAAAUCCGCUCAGUAUUUUCUGUCGCCGCUUGGUGGCCAACACAUUGACCUUCGAGGCUGUGACAGCCCAGACUCGUUCUUCUCUGCCAUAUACAGUCUACGUGUUCUGGAAAGGAGUCUGAACGUUGUGGACGCAUCGUGGAACAAUGAAAAAGUCCUCGUGAAUGGCAUGGCCGAUGUCUGCUCUUGGAAGCGCAUCACUUGCGAUAGUGAAAACAAGGAGAUUAAGUUUAUGAGUUUGAACCAUGCUUCGCUCAGUGGAACCAUUCCACCGGAAAUCCAAGGAUUGCCUCAUCUGCAGGAUCUCAAAUUGUUUUCCAACUCGCAUCUCCAUGGUUCCCUACCGAGUCAACUUGGAUUGCUCACCAAGCUCACGGCGUUGGAAAUCCACAGCACGUCGCUCCAACAUACAAUUCCCACCGAUCUGGGCAGGUUGACGUCCCUCGAGACCUUCCUACUCGAUCGGACCAAUCUGAGUGGAUCCAUGCCUGUCGAAGUCUGCGCGCUCCGAUCCAUCAAGACCUUGAGGGCAAAUUGCAAUGGAGGAACUCCCAGCAUUACAUGCAGCUGUUGCACCAGUUGUAAAUCGCUGGCAGAGGAAGAUGAGAGGGAGACCACAAUGGACGCUGCUACCAAGCUUUUCUACGAAAGCACGGCAUGAGGCUGCUAGCUCGACCCUCGCUGACACUGGGAGUUGAGGAUGUGGCGUCCAACAAGCGUUUGGUACCUAUUGAUGGCUAUAUGUUCGACUGCAAAGUUGAGUGUGCAACUUUGGUUGCGAUGGUCGAAGCUACUGAAACUGCAACAAGUUAUUUUUUCAUCGAGGCCCUAGCUAGAGUAGGGAAGGUUUCGACGUGUUGCAUAUCCCAAUGACUGGAACAGGCAACGUGUAGACAGACUCGCUCCCCGUAAGAAAAAUUGCCCUCAACUACCAGCUACUCUAGAGUAUUAAAAUAGCAAGCUGAGGGCCUUUUG